CAGGGGAUUGUGCCUGGAAAAUUGGUGUUUUGGAGCAAAUACUGGAGUUUCAGUGCUGCUGGGAUAAGGGAUUUCCUCCUGGGACUGCCCUUCCAAAAAGCUGUGGAACCUCAGGAAGGCCAGGAGAGAAACCCGAGCCUUGCCACGAUCCCAGAUCCAUAUUUCAUCCUCCCCUUCCUGGCACCAGCCACUCUCUGCUCCCCUUUUCUCCAGAGCAGCAGCGGGACACGCUGGAGCAGCCUCAGGUAGCCCUGGAGACUGAGGAGCCACCGGAAUCCUGAUCCUGGGCAGAGAAAAUCCAUGGGGACUGGAAUGAGCAAGAUUGUCACCGGCCUCUACCUGGGGAAUAUUCGUGACUCGGAGGACCAUGAGAACCUGCUGAGGAACGGGGUGACCCACAUCCUGUCCAUCCACACCGGUGCCACGCCGGUGCUGGAGGACAUGACCUAUCUGUGUAUCUCGGCCUCGGAUUCAUCCAGUCAAAACCUGCUGCAGCAUUUCAAGGAGUGCAUCCAGUUCAUCCACGAGUGCCGGCUGGGAGGGGGAGCCUGCCUGGUGCACUGCCUGGCCGGGGUGUCCCGCAGCAGCACGGUGCUGGUGGCAUACCUCAUGACAGUGACAGAGCUGGGCUGGCAGAGCUGCCUCGCUGCCACCAGGGCCUUGCGCUCCUACGCCUGCCCCAACUCCAGCUUCCAGCAGCAGCUGCAGGAGUACCAGAGCACCCUGCUCCCCCAGUACCGCGCCUGGAUCCGCCGGGAUUAUGGCAGGAACCCCUUCCAGGACCAGGAGGAGCUGCAGCAGCUGCUGAGCUGUGGGAAUCCAGAGCUUCCCUCGGGCUGCCCUGGGACCCUGGCAGGGGACAGGAACCCCCCUGGACAGAGCCCCCAGAGACACUGGCUGUGAUCUCUGCCCAUGGAAAAGAGUUUUCAAUCUCACAGGGUGAAUUACAAGCUCUGAGUGUUUGAUAUAAGUGAUAAUUAAGUGUGGUACGGGUGCAAUCCGAGGUGGGAGAUGGAGAAUCCACCUUGUCCUCUGCUUCCCUGAGGAAGGAGGGGUGAAUCCCGGGAUUUGGGGGUGCUCUGAGCCUCAGCUGGCACCCAGUGGGAUGGGGAGAGGGGCUGCAGGUGUUUUGGGGCUGCCCCUUGCUGUGCAUGUCCUUGGCAGGUGAAUAUCUGACAUUUUCCUUAUCCCAACCCCAGGAAUAAGGGGAAAGGGAAAUCCAAAUUUACCUUUUAGCUGGCAUUUUCCUUAUCCCAAUCCCAGGGAGGGGGGAAAAGCAAUUCCAAAUUUACCUUUUAGCUGGAAUUUUCCUUAUCCCAACCCCAGGGAAGGGAGAAAAAGCAAUUCCAAAUUUACCUUUUAGCUGGCAUUUUCCUUAUCCCAACCCCAAGGGAUAAGGGGAAAGGGAAAUCCAAAUUUACCUUUUCACUGGCAUUUUCCUUAUCCCAACCCCAGGGAUGAGAGGAAAUGUAAAUCCAAAUUUACCUUUUAGCUGGCAUUUUCCUUAUCCCAGCCCCAGGGAGGGGGAAAACCCAGCAGUGCCUGUCCCACUGCCUCCAUCCCUGGAGCCAGAGUGGGUUUGUGUUUCCCCUGAGCCCCAUCUGAAUGUCCCUGCUUGCCAAAGAAACCAAAAAAAGCUUGGUUGGAUUCACUCAACCCACGGACCAAUUUAACUCUGUCCCUCUCCAAAAGCCUUUUUAAUACCUAAACCCUGUGGCCAUGUCCAGUUUUUCAUCCCAAACUCGGAUUGUGCUUUUCCAGAGCUUUGUUUGGCAGGAAUUCCUCCCAUCUGCCUUACAAGGAGGGUCCCAUCCCGUGGAUUCAGCCCUUCCACAUGGAAAACCUCAACCCUUCCGUGCCAUUUCGGCCUUUUAUUAUAAUUACCCUGUUUGUCCACUCAAAAAUCUCUGCUCUGCAAUUCCUUCUAAGAAAAAAGGGAUUCAAAACAUUUCUAGGAAUUCUCUUGAUGAAGAUUUUCGGGUACUCAUGGUGUGACAGCACCAGGGGUGACUCAGCCAGCUCCUAAUAAAAAAGAGAGUUAUUAAAUCCUGAGGGUGCCUGGAGUUGAUUUGUGGUGUUCCUGGUGGGAACACAGAGAUGGACUGAAAAAACCACCCUGCUUCCCAUUUUCUUGAUGAGAACCACCAGCAAGAUGAAAAGAUUUAAAUAUUCAACAUUUAGCCAUGAUAUAGAAUUUCAGGGGAAAAAAAAAAGUGUUUUUUCCUUAUUUAUUUAGAUGGAGAAAAAGGUCCCUGUGGCUGUUAUUCCACGUGGAAGUAAAAAGGGAAAGCAAUUAAUGAGAUGGAGGCUAUUGAUGGAGAGGGCUGAAGGGAGGCUGAGCAAUCAGCUCAGGGAUCAAUAUUGGAUUUAAAACCUCUGUUUUCAUUUUAAGAAGCAGCAAAAAUAGAACUUGCAGGCAGGAAGAGAAAAGAGAAGACAGCGGGAGUUAAUAGGAAGUCAUUGGAGAUGGGUGAUAAGCAGAGAUUAGAUGUGCUGGAGGUGUGAUAAGCUCCACAGCCCGGGUUUCAAACAUUUCAAACACCCCCAGGGAACCACAGCACCAAAGGCAGGGCUGGGAAAAUCCCCCAGAUUUGGGGAAUCACAGGGAAUGCUUCCCCAGAGCAGCACCCCCUCCGUGCCUGACAUCACAGCCACAGCCAAGCGCAAAAAUCCCCUCCUAACCCGAAUUUCCCAGGGUUUCCGGGCUAUCCCAGCUGAAUAUAUCUAUUUUUCUGCUCUGCCUUCCAUCAGCAGGACCUGAGGUGGCUUUAGGAGUUCUGGGAGCUGGGAGGCGAACCCCAAACAGGGAUCCUCCUUGCCCCAGGGAAUUUGGAUUUACCUUUCCAGGCUGCCUCUGAAGCUGCUGAGCCAAAUUGAAGGUGGGAUGAUGAAGUCACCUCGCUGCAUUGCAGUGGAUUUCCAGAGGGGAUGGAGAGUUUGGUUGUGUGCAGACCCUUUAAAAUAUCACAAAUUUCCCAGAAUUUUAACAAAACAAAGAGGUUUUUACAGGAGGGGCUCUGUCUAGCAAGGGGAGGUGGUGAUGCAAAGCCCCACCAAUAAGCAAAGCUCAAAAUUGUAUUUUUGGUCAAAAAAGAACAUGAAUCCUCCUGGCUGUA